AUGGGCACUAUGAAAACCUGCCCGAAAUGUCGCACGUUAAUCACAACAAGAGCCAUCAAUUUCUCUCUUUUGGGAGCAAUCGAGCAAUUCGAGCAACAAAAGACUGAAUUAUUGAAGUUGAGGGCGAGACAGAGCGCUCAGACUCGAGAACAAGAUGUAACAUCGGGAACUCUCAACGAGCUGAAGAAUUCUUUAGGGAACCUCAAAUUGGAGAGUGAGGCAAUGCAAAGACAAAGGGCUCAAGAGACGCUUGCGCAAAUCAAUUACCUUCAAAACCAAGUUCACCAGCAAGUGAAUCAGAGACAAAUCACGGAUCUCAAUGUGCAGAUCAUUGCGCUACAGAAUCGCUUGAGCCGCGAGAAUCAGAGCAAGGAUCGCCGAGUGGAGGAGUUGGAAGCUAAAAUCCUGGAAAUGCAACACAAGCAACAGCAGCCACAAACGCCGAGAGUCGAUCCAGUGAUGGAGGCGAAAAUUGCCGAGCUUGAGCGAAAAUUGGAGAGUUCGAUGCAAACAAGCGGGCGUACAAUGAACUGGAAAGCGGCUUUCAUUCGCGGUUUGCCGGAGAGCGCCAAAGAGAAACAAAUCAUGCAUCUCGUUCGACUUGUCAAUAUCGAUCCGGAAAAGGAGGAUGUUAGAAUCCAACUCUACACGCCGGCCACUCGCGGCACUUGUUUAGUUACUUUUUCCACAAAGGAAUCUGCGACGAAAUUCAUCAAGAAUUUCGACGGCCAAGAGUUUCUCUCAACCGGCAAAAAGCUUAAAGUCGAACAAGCAAGCUUUGAUUCGAGGAAACAAGCAGCUGAUGGUCAAGCGAAAGGCACUCCGGCAGCCGCGCCAACUUUUGUCGCCGACAAGAAAAAGGUUUUCAUUCGUGGAUUGCCCGUCAAUGUCACACCGGCUGAUGUGACGAAGUGGAUCUUCGAGGACAGCAAGAAACUGCUGGGCAACAGUGUCACUGUAAAGUUGGCCGGUCCUGUUGCUACCUGUAUCGCCAUGUUUCAAGAUGAGGCAAGCGCUAAGAAGAUCCUUGACAAAUGGAACGGGAAAUUGUAUCCGGGCACUUCGAAAGAGUUGAGUGUUGAUUAUUGGAAGGUUUUGGAGGGAUCCAUCUCAAAGAAUGAGCCGAAAAGCCAAAAGAAAGGUGAGAACAACGAGAAAAACGAGCAGAAAUUGAAGCCUCAAAAUCAACAAACACAAAAGGAUCAACAAAAGUCCGAAAUGCAAAAAAGCCUUCCCGGUAACAUUGUUUUCCUUCGAAAUCUCCCCUUGGAGACAACGGAGAGCGAUCUUGUGGUUAUGUUUCAUCAAAGAGCACAAAUAGCUCAAAAUCCUGGAGAUCGACGUAAUAAAAUCGAUUUUCAAGCGGCUGGCGCGAAUGCAAAGUUUAAAUUCGCGAAAAUCACUUUUGUGACUGAUCAGGACGCUCAAAAGAUUGUUCGCGAAUUUGACGGAAAAAAGUUCCCGAAUAGCGACCGAGUGAUGGGCGCCGCAAUUUUUGGCCAGAAGAAGGCCGAGAAAGCGGCAGGCCCGUCCGGUGGUCAAAACAAGAAAAAUAAUCAAACGGCUACGAAUAUCGUUGUGGUGAAAGGUCUCCCGUUCGAGACAACCGUCAACGAUAUUGUCGCCAAAUUUCAUGGGGUUUCCAAAAUUCAAAUGGACCCUAAUGGUUAUGAAAGGGUAACCCUUCACAAGAAUCCGGAUGGCACCCCGACUGGACGGGCCACCAUCGUUUUCAAAGAGGCUGAUGGGGCACAAAAGAUUGUCUUCGAGUUUAACAAUGCCGAUUUUCAAAUUGGACACAGUCGACCUAGAAAGAUUCAGGUCGAAUUGUUCAAUUUCAAACGU